AUGAUGAAGAACGUCCAGGGCUCAAGUGCAGGUGCGGGCAGUGGGGAAUUCCAUGUGUACAAGGCAAGCAGGCGGAGAGAGUACGAGCGAUUGAAGUUGAUGGACGAGAAGGCACAAAAGGAAGCUGAAACUCAGGCGUUUGAAAGUAAGAAACAAGAGUGGGAGCUGCAGGCGGAGGCAAAGACGGCAAAAAAUCGUGCCAAGAGGCAGAAGAAGAAGGAGCGGGCGAAGGUGAAAGGUCCGGAGAAGGAAAGUGCAGCUGGUUCCGAAACCAACGCAGGACAGGUGGAUGCUCCGUUGAAGAAGAGGAGACUCGUCAGUGGGAAGGAACUGAUAUUCAAGCGACCUGGAGCAGAUAGCGAUGAGGACGACGAUGAUGACAUAGGACCAGCACCCCCAGAACAAUCAUUGGAAGGCGUGGAUACAGGCACAUUGCGGCAGCGGCCUGUGCCCAUCGUUGACGCUCCGCGUAUUAUAAUACAUGAGGAUGAGUGA